UGUGACUUGCUUACAAAGUUGCAAUGUUUACAUUUUUGUACCGUUGAACUCUGAUAUUAUGUUAUCAAUUUCUAAACAUAGCUUCAAAUAGUAAUUACUCAUCCAUUCGUAGUUACAAACUAUAAUCAUUCUUCUAUAUAACCCUAACGGCAAUCAACCGCGUCGAAAUAAGAAGAAACUUUUUAAAAUGACUUCGCCGGCUAGUGUUUACGUGCUGGAUGGUGGUUUUUCUUCGCAAAUAUCUCGUCACGUAGGCACCACUGCUGAUGGCGAUCCUCUUUGGACUGCUCGGUUCCUGCAAACCAACCCAGAGGACAUCGUCAAGACGCAUUUGGAUUUUCUUCGAGCUGGUGCUGACGUAAUCAGCACUAACUCUUACCAGGCAUCCAUUGGAGGCUUCAUGAAACACAUCGGAGUGACCGCUGAAGAGGCAUACAACUUAAUUCGACGUGCUGUAGAACUCGCGAAACGGGCCAGACAGGAAUACACAGAAGAAUGUCACAACCAAGGUAUGCCCGUCCGUAAAAUUCUUAUAGCGGGCUCCGUGGGCCCCUACGGUGCGUAUCUUCACGACGGCUCGGAAUAUACAGGCGAAUACGCAGACAAAACACAAGAAGAAACCAUGUAUGAGUGGCAUAAACCAAGAAUAGAUACAUUAGUUUCAUCUGGCGUUGAUUUAUUAGCGAUAGAAACCAUACCUUGUAAAAAAGAAGCGAUGGUACUGACAAAUAUGUUAAAAAAAUAUCCAAGUGUUAAAGCUUGGAUAUCUUUUAGCUGCAAAGAUGAUGUAAGUCUUGCUCACGGUGAAAACUUCCAAGAGGUUGCUAGAGCUUGCUGGGAGAUGAAUACUGAGCAAUUAGUUGCAGUUGGUGUCAACUGCCUUUCACCAAACUGUGUUGCAAACUUGAUAGAUGGUUUGAGCAACAGUGUAAGUCCACCAAUACCUAUUGUAACAUACCCCAAUUCAGGAGAAAAAUAUAAGUCUGGGAUUGGGUGGGUUGAAAAAGAUAAGUGUGAAUCUUUGCAUACUUUUGUAAAUAAAUGGUUAAAAUUGAAUGUUAGGUUUGUGGGGGGCUGCUGCAGGACAUAUGCGGAAGACAUAGCUGAUAUACGCAAACAAAAAGUUUUUGGUAUAUCUGUUAAAAAGAAACAGAGGGAUGACAAAUUGAAACUCCUAGUUGGAGAGAAUCAAAGGUUGAGGGAAGAAAAUCUAAAACUGACUUUUGAAAUAUCAAGGCUAAAAAAAGACUUUGGGAAGCUUAACGAUGAUAAAUUCUCUGACUACUUAUCGCUGAUGCGUGAGAGAGACGCGCGGUACACGCUGUACUUCGAGAACGUGGCCCUCCAGCUGAAGGUGCGGGAGCUGGACGGCAGCUCCCGGGGCUGCUCCGUGGACGGCGCCUGCCGCGACCCGGCCGUGCUGGCCAUAGCGCUGGACAGGUGUCGGGAGCAACUGUCAGUCACGCAGACGGAACUGAAGAAAAUGAAGGACGAAUACGCGGAGAGCGUGCCGCGACGCGACCACGACGCCCUGGAGACCAAGUUAAGCUCACUGACUAUGAAGCUGGGCGCGCUUUCCGCUGAAUACGAAGCCUACCAGAAUGUGCACAAGCGUGUGCUAGCUCAAAAGAAAUGCCUGGAAGAGGAGCUUAUAGAGUACAAGGAAAAGUGUAGCGAGUUGGAGCGCGCGGGAACGCCGCGGCCGAGGUGGGAGUUGUGUGCUGACUUCAUUGGCGGAGGUCGGGAGAGAUGGUGGCAACUAGCUAGCGGCUUGUCUUCUCGGGAUAUGCUUCGAGUUCUCUUAAAAGAGCUUGGACCUGCCGCGGAGAGUGAGCAUCUAGAAUACUUUGAUGGCCUGGGAAUGGAUCCAGUGAUCCCCCCUUACCUACGCUACGAGGGCCGCGUCCGGAACCUGCGGCUGUCGCGCCGGGAGGUCGGUGUCAUCAUCAACGACAUCUGGCUCGGCAAGCUGCGCCACCCGCGCGACUUGGCCAUGCAGGACUACGUUACCAACUACUUUGAGGAAAGAUAUCAGCAACCGUCCGUUCGGGCUGAAUGGGCGUACAACCUUUGCGCGGGAGCUGAACAGAUGUUAGACGAGCCGCAAGUGAAGCUGUUCUGGGGGGUACUACAUGGCCACCUCAGCGAAGACAUCUACUGGGGACACCGCACUCAGUGGUACACGCUCAAGGAACAGCUUUAUAAACACAGCAAAGAUGGAGAGACUAUUACUAUUGAAGAUUUCGAAAAGGUAACAAGGACAACCUUCCCGUUGAAAAGCGAAGUGGACAUAAAAAACCUUACCGACGUUGUGAAGAAACAGCUGAAGUUGAAAAUUAACACUGUCGACAUUAAUUUGGAUAAAUUAUUCCACGAGAAUGAAGAAGGCUUCGACCGGGUGGAUAUGUCUCGGGAGCUGUACCGCCAGAGGCAGCUGGCCCAGGACAAGUACAUUCGCGAAGUGAUCGGCACUUUGGGCGGGCGGCGCACCAACAGCGUUUCUGUUGACAGCUUAAAACGCGCGUUCGCUAUCGUGGACCCCGCUAUCAAUCACAUCCGCAUGGAGCGCUACAUCCGCUGGGCGUUUUCAGCGACUGCGUGCGACCUGGGCAGCGUGCAUCCUGUGCCUCUACGCACGCUUGUGGCGCGACUCGCAGCCGGAGACAUCGAGCGCAUCGGGCCGCGGUACCGAGGCACGAGGAAAAUUUAUAAAUAGGGUUGGGUCGCACUGUGCGAUUUUUAUUGUCGUGGUGCUUGUG